CAGACCUCACCCAGGAGUCCCCAAGACGGAGAGCAAGUAGCUGACCAUGUUUAACGGGGAGACGAGCUCCUCCUCGGCACGGAACGUGGUCCGCAGCUCCAGCAUCAGCGGCGAGAUGUACAACAUCGAGAAGAGCAACGGGGGCAACGUCGACUCGGCCAGCAUCACCUCCAACAAGAAGAGGCGCUCCAGCCUGGGCGCCAAGAUGGUGGCCAUCGUGGGGCUGUCGCAAUGGAGCAAGAGCACCCUGCAGCUCAACCAGCCAGACGGCGGUCCCAAGAAGCUGCGCAGCAACAUCCGGAGGAGCACAGAGACGGGCAUCGCGGUGGAGAUGAGGAGCAGGGUGACGCGGCAGGGCAGCCGGGAGUCCACCGAUGGCAGCACCAACAGCAACAGCUCCGACGGCACGUUCAUUUUCCCCACCACCCGGCUGGGAGCCGAAAGCCAGUUCAGCGACUUCUUAGAUGGGCUGGGGCCGGCGCAGAUCGUGGGCCGGCAGACGCUGGCGACACCUCCGAUGGGUGAUGUCCACAUUGGGAUGACCGACAGGAAUGGGCAGCUGGAGGUGGAAGUGAUACAGGCCAGGGGUCUCAUGCCGAAGAUGGGCUCCAAGUCCAUCCCUGCGACCUAUGUUAAAGUCUAUCUGUUGGAGAACGGAGCCUGCUUGGCCAAAAAGAAGACCAAGACAGCCAAGAAGACCUGUGACCCGUUGUAUCAGCAGGCCCUGCUUUUUGACGAGGGCCCUCAGGGCAAAGUGCUGCAGGUCAUCGUGUGGGGAGACUACGGCCGCAUGGACCACAAGUGCUUCAUGGGGAUGGCGCAGAUCGUCUUGGAGGAGCUAGACCUGUCCAACAUGGUCACAGGCUGGUACAAACUCUUCCCCACCUCCUCGCUGGCAGACUCCAGUAUCGGCCCGCUCACCCGCCGCCUCUCCCAGUCCUCUCUAGAAAGCUCCACGAGUCCUUCCUGUCCGUAGGGGUGGGGAUCGGGGCUGUUGGGAGAGGCUGGGGGGGGACGGGGACGAAAGCAACUCAACCUACCAAAACAUUUCUGUGGAACAGCUGUAAAUAUUCUGUCUUUUUUUCCCCCCUUCCCCAAAAAAACACGCUCUCUCGCCGCGUUCCUCACCGACCUCGCCAUCCCGACGUGCAGGGAGGGGGAAUGUGGAGCGAGGGGACAGGGACGGGAAGGGAAAAAAAGGAGAAUCAAGAGAAAAACACAAAACAAAAACCAACAAAAACCCUGUGAUGCAGAGCAAGUCCUGUGACUACCAGCCCCAAGACUGUUACGGCAACUCAUCGAGUCGUUUUUGAACGGGAGUCCGACGUCGCAACGGAUUUCCCACCCAGAAACCUGGCGCAAGCCUCUCUGAUCCGGUUCACUCCACCCGACUGCAAGUAGCAUGCUAACUUGGUUUUGUUUUCCCUCGAUUUUAAAUUUUUCCUUUGAGGAAAAAGGUAGCUUUUUUGGGGAAAAAGAAAAAAAAAAAGAUCUAACUCAGCACUACUCAUUUAUUUUAAAGGAAUGUAGCAUCUUAUGAUCUUAUGUAGCCUGCCACGUGCUAAUUUAGCCCACUUGUCCACUCUGCAAUAUCUCCAAGGGACAUUCUACGUACCCCGCAGGAAACAUCCAUCAUUGCUUCCUGUUUUCUUAGUUUCCUGGCACGGAUCGCGAAACAUUGUGCAAGCAAUUCUGUUGAACGCUUCUUUUUUUGGUAGCAUGUAGCCUACGAUAAGCAACUGCCAAAAGAGGAGAGGGGAGAACAAGGUGCAUUUAACCUACAUCCGUGAUGGUUCUCGCUUGCGUGUCACCUUUUAAAAUGAGCGGCCAGGCUCUCCCCUUCCCCUCUCGACGUGUCGACGUUGUGAUGCCUCGCACAGCAAUUGAAACAGGGAGAAGGUGAUGGAAAAGGGAAAAUUGCAGCCACGGAGGAACUGAGCUCCUUAUCAAUCUCUUUCUUGCGCGUCGACAGCUGCAUGGGGGCCAGCUUGAAGUCUCAACGUUUCCACCCUCAGUUGCUCGAAUGGCAAGUAGCAAGCAGGGGGCUUACCAGAAAGAAGGGCAGAAUGCACCUUUUUCCAACCCUCGACUCAUCGGUACACGACGGGGCAAGAUCUCAGUAGCAUCCCUUGCUGUUCUGGAAUUAGGAUGACGGAUAGGUUACAAAGAAAAAAAGAACAAACUAAAAUCUAAAUGCUUUCAAUUUAUUACAACGAUGAGUUGUUUUACUUCCUUUUUAUUUUUUUAAGCAGCACUCUGGUUCCCGAAGUGGACCAGUUCUUGUAGCAAAACUGAGAAUUACGGAAGCUUUUUAUGAAGGUGCCUAAUGAAAUUUGCUGAAAAUACUCAGGGGAGACACCACUACAAACUGCAGUUUCUUCAUUAAAAAAAAAAAAAAAAAAUACUUAUAAAAGGACUGUCCUGAAGGAUCAGUUUCCAAAAACCAGAGACGGAUCAGUCAUCAGACUGGAAGGGGGACAAGAGAUAGCUCCAACCUUCAGGCUUUGAGACAAAUCCGCUAAGAUGAAAGUUGGGGUUACUCGCUCAUUUAUUUUUAGGCAAGAAGAGCAGUUUGCAAUGCACAGAGCACAAGACACAACCUAUGGUUCCUCUUGCAUUAUUAGCCAAGAUGAAGUUACCAGAACCUGUUGCCACAGAGAAACACCAAUAAACCUAAAAGGAAAGAAAUCCACUAUGAAACCGUCCUCUCUACAAAAUGGAAAUGGCUAGCUGGCAACGUCCUGCUGCACGGCGGUUGUCUCGUGUACCGCCACCGCCACCCAUGAUUUCUCCAAUGCUGCGCCAAGGGAUUUCAGCUGCUCUGCUGCACUUUGGAUUUCAACUUUACCAAACCAAACGGAGCUGUGAGCAGGGGGCUAGCCACGGCCAGAAAUGACUUUCAGUGCUCCCCGGUCCCCAUCUCCCAAGGUAUCCCAGCUUGUCUGCUAUGCUGGAUGGGGUGACGGCACAAGCAAUAUGCGCCGAUCCUCAAGUUCACACCUAAAGGCUGCUUGCUGGACCGCAGUAUGGUUAACCUCAAGCAGAGCCUUUGAGGGAGCCUAUUCUGUGCCCAAGUCAUUGGGAGUAGAAGAACAUGAAGACAUAAAUUUGAAGUUUCUUCCAGGGCAUGAAGCUGUAACUCAAGGUCUACAUGGGCUGGCUGGACUCGUUUUUUUUUUGUUGCUCCGGAGCACUGGAUUUUUGCACAUACGUGAAGGAAGGUGUCUGAAAAGGGAAACUUAAGGGAACUACCUACUUCCUUCAGGCUAACAUCAUCCGAGUGAUAGAAAACGCCUGCCUUUUUUUUGCUAGAGCAAUGACUAGGUCUGAUUUCAGCGGAGAAAAAGCUGACAUGAAAGUUUAGAGGCAGUUUUGGUCUCUGGCUUAGACUGGCUACAGCAGAUCUCGCUGGCUUUCCCUAGCUCCCGUGAGCAUCAACAGCCUUACAAAGAGCCCCAUCCUCUUCAUCACCAAUGUAAGGGAUGCGACACCUCCAACUCCAUGGGAUGUUUCCCCCCUAGUACAGCACUUUGCUUGAGCUGAAGUGGUCAAGCCUUGUUCCUCCACUUCUUCCAGGACAGCUGUAGCCCACCAAGAAGGAGGAGACAACAGCGUACAAAGGAACGCCUCUAGUCUCCAAAGAGGUCUGCUAAGCAGCAGCUGGAAAUGCCCAUUCACAUUGACAGCAGAAAAUCCAGCACCGAGACAACAAAAGCGCUUUGCUCCGAGGGACAUGCCUGGGACCUCCAGGGACAAUCCCGAGCACUGUGGCUUUAUUAUUUUCUAAUGAAUAAAGACUGUGCUUUGGAGGGAAUGCAAUUCGCUCUGAUCAGAACAAAUACCACUCCAGUUUCCUUUCCAGUACAGACCAAGUCUAUACAGCCAGAAAGCAAAGCACGGGGACGAUUUCUUCUGCUGACCAAGACGUCCUGGCAAGACAAAACCACCCGGCCAAGGACUUUAGAUGACCGACACCAUCCUCUAGAUGGACUGAAACCCCUUCAAACCUUUUGAUGCUUCACUCUCAGCACCACAUGUUGGGCCCGUCAGAUCUGCAUUCACCUUCAGGGGCUUCUGGACAAAGGCUCCCGGGAUUUUUUGAGGGGGGCGGAGGUUGCAAAAACACAAAAAGAAAGAAAGACUGGAGCGUAUCGUGUUUACAUUGUGACGUCAGCAACUUUUAUUUCCUCUGGCAUGACACCGAGGGUCAGACACGUUCCUCACUCAGACAAAAGGCUCGACCCAGCUUUUCUGCACAUGAUAAAACAGAAAACACAACCUAACGGACAGGAAGGUUUUGUCCGAGGGGCUCGAGGGACCGGUCCGCUGCAAAGGGCGUUUUUUAUGCGUUAUGCGAUUGGCAAAGGACAGAUGAUCUGACUGAACAUUACUUACCGCUAGGCAUUUCUCUCCACCCCACAAUCAUUUCUUCCAUCAAGACAGGAUAUCGACCCCUUUCCCAGAGGAUUGCUUGUGUCAGCAGCAUAACUAGGGGGGGCAGGUGGACUUAAGAGGGGCACCAAGAUUGGCAACCCCCAGAGAGCCUGUACCGUGGCUGGCCAGGGUACAAGGAGAUCAGGCCACAGCAGCAACAAUCAGGGCUAGGGUGUUUUGAGCCCCUAAGGCAGGUAAGACUGACUCCACAUCUGUCUAGGUUGCAAACCUCACCAGUGGCUCUGGCUUGUCUUAAGCUGAACCUGUCUGCAGUCUCUUUUUGCCUCUUUGUAGCCAACCCCCAGGAAGCCAGCAAGACAUGCACAGCACGGCGCUAUGAAAUAAUGCUGAUUUCGCGGGCAGCAGAAGCAACACAGCUGAGGUGAGAGGAGCGGCGCUGGCAUAAGAGACGUCAGGAUCUCACCCCGGGCACCCUAUGAUAGUUAUAAAGAUGAACUGCCUAAACGACUUCCCCUUGAGUCCCAGCAUUAAUAUCCCCCACCCCAAAUAAUUACAAGCAAAAGCCCAUUGCAACCAUGUACUAUAAAGAGCAACCCUGCGUGGCUCUGAUGCAAACUCGGCAUCGGCUCUAGGCUUGCUGGAAGCUAGCAAUAGGCCUGACUGGCCAUAAUUAGGUCUGGAGUGAAACUUUGCCUACGGUCUAGGUGCCGACUUGGGUAGCUCGAUUAGGAAUUGGCUAGCUGGAAGCGCUCACACGAACAGCGGGGACUGCUCCAAGGUUGCGAGCAACCGUAAAGCCAGGGCCUGUUGAGGAAGCUUUGUGUUUUGCUGUACAAGUUUAACAGACCCUUAAUGAAAGGAAGGGCAGGAUUACAUGAACCAUUAGCAAGAAAGAGAACGUGACUCGAAUCCAUGACUGGUACUGUUUAAUCCCAUUCCUUUUAGGCGAUGCUGUGAAGAUGCUUUAAAGCAGAUCAGUGUUUAAGGCCCUAUUGCUAGUAUAUGGAGCCAUCUAGCAGCUACUUGCUGUCCGGCAUCCCCAAUCCAUUCAGCAAGAGCAAAGGGUGGGCCCUCACCAGACAAUGUAUUACAAUGCUGUCAGCUUCGUGGCGUUUGCAAAGGCACGAAUGAAUGUGGUGGGAGCUGAGACUCGGUCUUGCAAAACAAAUCCAAGGAGGCAUCGAGCCAUCCCGGUUUUGCCAACAGAUUUCAGAAUCCACGAAGCUGGACCAGGAAAUACCACGUGCAACUGAGAUUAUAACAAGUACUCCACCCCAGCCACAUCCCCAGCUCUGCUAUCAGUGCUGAACAUGGCCCUCACAACAGCUCGUCUGUAUACGAAACGCAUCGGUUUUUCGGAGACGAGACGGAAGCUAUUAGCCAAAGGAAUUGGGUCAGGAUUGCUUUCGCUGAUAGGAGAUCUGAUCUGCUCAGCUUCUUGAAAGACUGUUUCCAGCCUUGCAUGCACACGUGAGAAGGUAUUUCCAAUGCCUUGAAACAGUCUCGAUUGUGUCGGUGACUGCUGGAAUACAUAGCAUCAGCAUAUCAUCUAAGGGCCUUUAUGGUGGAAGACCAUCUGUAGAAACAGCACCGGUCUGUUUUUGAUUCAGGCAAAUAAUCCCCUUUCCAAUGAUCUCCAGUUGAUUCAAACACAAACUCAAAGCAGUUGCCCACGCAGGUGGCUUGUGAAACACAUCCAGGCGCUCCUUUUGAUGCAUUCCCAUACUGAAAAAUGCCAGCCUUUUACAUGCUUUUAGCCACCGUGCUUCUUAGCGGUUGAAUCCCAAGCACGGCCGCUAUUGUUUCCAUCACCCACGGCAGAAAUACGUUGCCACGUUUCUCUAGUUCCUGCGAGCGCUUAGCGUCUAGAGACAUACAUGCCAAAAAAAAAUAUCACUCCUUUCCUUCCAGUAACGGUUAGCAACUUGUGACACGGCGUGGUAGGGGAUGCUGCCAUUUGUGCCAGUCCUAAAAGGCUCUCAAUGAGGCGGUUUCAAAUGGAGGUCUUCUUCUGUCUUGUGCUAGUGGGGGAUGCAAAGACAUGCUAGGACCCAAGGAGCCGGCUGGAGGUUCAAGUACUGAAGACUGUUGUAUGCUACACUUGUGGCAGCCUGCAGGGAAGCUUCCUAUUACCAGGAAAAUACCUGCUUUGAACCUAACCUGGACAUGCACGCGGCUGCUAGCAACCAGAGUGGAGGGGAGCGGGGGGAAUAUCAAUAUUGGCAUCCUGUAUAGAACAAAGCAGAAAUCCUAUUACUCAAACAACGUCCAGAGGAGAGCCAUCUGCUCGGCCAGUCACAUUAAGUGGCGACGGUACGUUGUGGAAUAAACAGACUCUGGAGAUGGGACCUGAGAACGGAAAGCAAGUUCAGUAAAGGGGCCGACCAUUCGUCUCACUGUUUAUAUGGGCAUCAUCACACCAUUUACCAAACCAAUCCUCUCCACCCCAGUCACGUGUCUAGUGCGUUUCCCUGGACGUUGGACCCAGGACAACACUAUCGCCACUGAGAUGCACCGAGCAGUGCAAGUACUCGGCCCUUCCGGCACUCGCAUCAUUAGUAUACCUCAUGUUUUUAUAACUAGUUCAGCGCGUUGUACUGUUUCGUUUUUUAUUUUAGAUGUCCGUGAUGAAGGGCAGGGGUGUUGGGGCAUCUGCUCCAAAGCCUGUGCUUCUGGGUCUGCUCCUGCUUUGUCACACUGGGUAACGACUGCCAAGCUAAAGGGUAAGGGAUACAAGAAGCGCCGAGGCUCUUUUGAGCGUGGGAUAAUUCAGCUUGACAACACACCAUCACCGCCAAAAUUGGCCUCGAGGUUUCCAUUCUUCCACCUCUUCUCUAAAAGGUCUAGCACCUUUUCUCUUACCCUUAUUUUGGCACACGGGGAUGUUAGACCUUUCCCUCAUCCAGCAAAGUUUCUUCCUUUUUUUAUUUUUAAGGGCCAGCAAUGAAGUCAACAUGGCUCAGAUGUGAGAUCUGAGGGCUUUUAAGCAGCUAUACAAAAGGGGGAGCUUGGGGACCCUGCUCCCUCCCUACAGUAUUUGCAUUGAGUGCAGGUGGAAAGAGGAAGCCUUAGGAGGAAGCAGAGGGGUUUUACUUCAAUUUGAGAAGGGAGAGUCACAGAUGACCCGUCUGUUCCUCAAGGGACAGUUGUCCACAUACUGGAUAUGGACAAGACGUCCCAGCACUUGCUAGAAGGGAGGAUUGUGUCCUAACGUUUAUAGCAAGGAUCUUGAAGCAAUGUUUUGAUGCUGGAAAUGGCAUCUUUUUUUUAAUUUUUCUCUGGAGGUAGCUGCACUACCCUCUUCUGUAACCAACCGGCCAGGUAUUCUGGCACCGAAUGCCUCUUGAACGUUAGCACUUUGAAGUUGGUGGCCUUGUUUUCUUAAAAGGGCUUGAUCUUUUCAUGCAGUUAAAAAGCUAAAUAAAUUCUCCCCCCAUCAUGCCGUCCUACUCCCCACCUCAAAACAGCGUAAUACUAACAAGUACGCGGGCCGCUCUAGCAGUGCCCGACACCCAAGAAUCUGUCAUUAUUUUCAGGAGCUUGUAGCUCAGCUAUACAAACUUACUUAAGGCAGAAAAAGGGAAAAGAAGAAACCAAGGAUGGGAUUUUCCCAAAGUAUCUGCCUGUAAAUAACCUAGAGCACAAGUGUCAGCAAAAGGCAAGACUCUUGCUUCCCGUGAACUGCAGGGUUUUUGAGAAGUCCUACCCUCACUCUGUGCUUAAGUAAGGGUAGAUCAUCCUUUUCAACCUUGGCCAGACUCCUAAUUUAAAAAGGGAAAUGAGAUGAUUUAAGGAGCUAUUAGCACACCUGAGCAGGAAGGACAUCUUUGGGUCCGAUGUUCAGCAAGUGUUUGGGUAGUUCCUGAAGAUCUGCUGGAAGCCUAAUGCUCCCAGCCAGGCAUGAAUGACCAAAAGCAGCUCAGUUCCUAGAGCUAAGCUUCCUUUUGGGAAGCCAAAAGCAAGACAGGUAUUUUUAAGCUAACUGGAUCGCUACAGCCUUCCAGCUGUGUUUGAAUUGAAGGUGAUCCUGUUGCAACGUAUCGUAUGGACCUUGCUCCAAACUAAGCCAGCCAAAACUCACUACCUUCCCUCAAUUCAGAACAGUAGUAAAGAGGGACAUUGGACCUCAAGCAACAGAAAUGCCUCAAACUCCCAUAAGUACAAAAUUUAAAUAGUAGAGAUGUUUUAGUUCUACCCAACUCAGUGGCAAAAACCAGAGGUGCUUACUGUCUUCAGCAAGCUUUAUAAACUUUUCCAUUUGAAAGUCAAAAGGAGAGCAGUUAACAUCUGUAACAGCACCUGGGCACUUCAGGGUUGGGAUGGGCAUUUAUGCCGCAGGGAAGAAAGCAGCUUAGCUAGCACAGGUCAGGUCUGGCUGCUUUUAUCGAUGGAGCUCUUACGUCCCUCGUUUUCAGUUUUGAAAUAAGCUUCUUGGCUUAAUGACAGAUUCAGAAACAAACUACUUGACAUUAGAUAAGGGAAAAAAUAAAUCAUCACAGAAGGGGUGAAUUAUUCUCACUCCCAUUCCAUGGUUGGAGACACGGGGAUGGGCUUGUGAUGGGUACUCGAGAAAGGUAGUAGAUUUCAAAAGCAAAUGGCAAUUUUCUACCUGUGCUAUGUAAUGUUUUAUAUAUGUGCGUGGUCUUUCCUAAUGUAAAACUCCUUGUAUAUUUGUGGUUUAUAUGCAGCAAGACUUGAUGACUUGGGAGGGUGCACGCUAUUUUGUAAGAUAUUCUUAGCCAAUUUUCCAAGGAGAAACUAAACAAAAAACAAAGAGCGAGAUGUUCACAUUCUUCAUUGGCUUCUACCUGCAUGUACAGUAUUCGGGCAGCAAGUAAAGACGAUUAAAAGCCAGUUUGAAAACUG